AUGUUAGAGGGCCAAGGUUGGAUCCUCAUUGCUCAAGUCUCAAACGCUGACAACACUAAACACUGGAGCCAUCUCAGCUGGUGGUUUUUUAAGAAUAAAGACAAUGAAGGAAAAGCACUUGAUCCAUCUACAAACAAGGACAUGAUAUCUCCUGCGUUCUGGCUGGUUAGCGGCAAUGAGUUAAUGAUUACACGUAGUGAUGAUCCUCACACUACUCUUUUGCAGACAACAGAUGACUGCCUGGGUGGCCAGACAUUGAGAAAUAAAAUUUCCACAGGCAAUUUUAAAAAAUAUUUCAAAUAUAAGUGUAAGAGUAUCUGUAACGUUACAUAUGGAGGUAUGUACAACGAUACUAAAGGACUUGGACAGGCAAAUAGCAACGAAUGUUCUCAAAUCGGGUUUUAUUGCUUCAAGUACUUGUACACCACUAACUUCGACCCAAACAUGGCAAUGAUGAUGAUCGGCGCAGGCGGAGCGGAUAUAUGCUCAGAAGCAGACCAUGGGAUUGGAAUAAAACGGGGUAUCCCUGGUGAUCAAUAUUAUAAAUGGAAAAUGGAUUUUGGUGACAUAGCAAACGAGUGGCCCACUACAGGUUACUCUUUAAACUUGUGGGUGCGUUAA